GCGGCUAGGUCGAACGCUCUCAGAAACUUGUUUAGUUGUCGUUUGUCUGUUGUCCUGGCACAUGAAUUUGGAUUCAAAUGGAUAAUGCUCAAUUCUGACCACCUUGUUGGACCAGUUCAACCAUUGUCUAACUUGCCAGAGCUGGAGCUUUGUUACAUCAAUCUAUGAAAAUUCGCUUGGCUCAGGUGGUGCGGCUGGGGCAAUUGGCUGACUGCUGAUCCUUCCCUAGACCCCUCCUUGUCUGCAUCUCAUCCAGUGUACCGGUCGAGUCGACCCGCAGGUUACCCUUUUAAACUAAUCAAGAAAGCGGGACGACAACUGUACAAUCCAACUUUCGUCCGGUUAGUUCAAAUCAGUUACUUGAUGAUCUCAGUCCCUCAUACUUUUACUAUGCUCCUUUCAUAAGACUGCUGUCAAAUGCAAAAGAAUGAUGCAGUUCAUGCCCAUGGGUUGAUUUUCUAUUCAAAUGGGCUAUAAUCUACAUGCUCAUCGGCGAUUUGCAGCAAAGAAGCACACAAACAGACGGUGGCCAGGAAGGGCGAGUCCAACUCGGCGCAUAUCAGCCUCAUGUUCUGAUUACCCCCAAGCUUUAUCCUCCCAGAUAUCGUAUGGAUUUGUUCUUUUCAAUGCUCCACACGGACCAAUUCAUCACCUGAAAGCGAGAACAGGAAAAUGACCCUCUUCUUCUUGCUCUGCCUCUCCUGAACUCAAUAGCAGAGCACAAGCCCCAAAUGGGUUGCAAGAUCAAUGCCUCGACCUCGCCGAUUCUGCGCAAACUCCCGGCAAUAAGAGCAAGAGUCGCUCCAAAAUCCAUCUCCUUCUUUUCUUCUUCCUACGCUCGAAAUGAUGGAGAACUCACUUCAACAGCCACAACCACUCAAUUCCAUCUCUCAAGACCGAAUGCUUACAAGGUGGACUUCAAGACCCUUGGGGCUUGCAAGCUCGGCAUCUCCAGAUAUCCCGAUUUCGAGUACAAUGCUCACGGAGGUACCGGAAGUGGGCACGGCUCGGUGGCAUCGAACGGCAACCCGACCGGAGAAAUAUCGGUAUCUUUCGACCCCGACACGCUUUCCAUCCCGCCAUUGACGAGCGUGACUACUAAAUUCCUGGGAUUGCCGUUGCCGCCUUUCCUGAGGAUAGACAUAGUUCCACAGCUGUUUGAAGGCAGGAUUUGCCAAGAAUCCGGCAAGGUCCAUCUUCAAUUCAAGGCGAAGUUUUGCUUCUCGGUCGGGAGCCUUUACAGAGCCCCGCCGCUGAUCGUCGAGACCGUGCUGACGUCGGAGGAAUCGAACGGGACGGUGAGAGGCGGCCGGGGAGAGAGACUGGACGAGGAAGGGAAUUGUAGAUUGGUGGGAGUGGCAAGCGUUGACCCCAUCGAUGACUUGUUGAUGAACUCGUUCCUAGGACUUCCUGCCGAGUGCAUCGCCAGCCUCAAUGCUGUCAUAUCUCUCUCUAGUUCAUCAUCAUCAUCAUCAUAGGGACAUUUUGCUUUUGUAAUGUCAUACGAUAUGUUCAUUUGCUCUA